CUUGUCCUCACAACCGCUCUUAUGCUCCUCGGUUCGUUCAGCGCCUGAUCUCGUACCCUUUCUCUUCCUCCUCUUACUGUGUUCAUAACGUGAAGUGCAAGUAUCCUAGGACCGGAUCGGACCACUGCAGCAGAUCAAUCGCCAUAGUCGCGUGGCACUCCGCAUGUUGUCAAGACGCUACCCUCUUGCGUGAUCACUAACUAGAGCGACAGCCCUGGACGAGCACUGCAUACAAUCUGCUGCGCAGCCCGAUGGCCCGGUUGCCUGCAGUGGGACGGGUAUGGGUGGCCAUCGCAUCACUGCUAUCGCACGUGCGAUGUACCGAGCUGAAUAAUGAAACAUCUCCUACCCAUCAGUUCAAGUCGAGACCUGAUCUUCACGCUCCCAUCAUCACCUUUUACGUUCAUCAACCGGAGAAGAUCAUCCCAGGAUACAUCUUCCUCGCUCCAUACCGAAAUGUCGAUCCCGGGCCGUACAUCUACGACAACAAUGGAGAGCUGGUGUGGUCAGGCGCAGGAGAGGUGGGCCCGAUGACUGCACAUACACCGCGAGUAUGUCGAUAUCGAGAUGAGGACCAUUUGUGUUUCUUUACAGGCGAGCAGCAUCAAGGCUUUGCGCGCGGGCAUGGCGUGAUUAUGGAUAAGCAUUACCGGGUGGUGAAGCAAGUGGAUAGCUCUGGCGCUGGCGCCAGCAGUGACAUGCACGAGUUCAAGCUCACGCCCUAUUCCAAUGGCAAGACUGCCCUAAUGACAAUUUAUCAGCCGAGACAGUACGACCUCACUGUCAAUCCGAGAUUCAACUUGCGCAAUGGCAUGGGCUGGAUUGUGGAAGGCGUAUUCCAAGAGGUCGAUAUUGAGACUGGAAAAGUGGUCUUCGAGUGGCGCUCUCUGGAUCACGUCGAUCCCGCCCAGGCCUGGACAUUCCCAGGAACGACAGACACCAGUGGCACAGGCCUCAAUGAACAGGAACCAUGGGACUACUUUCACCUGAACAGCAUCGACAAAAACGAAGAAGGCGACUACCUUUUGUCAGCGAGACAUUGCAGUGCCAUUUACAAAGUUUCUGGGGAGACGGGAGACAUUAUCUGGCAACUGGGUGGCCAAAACGGGCACUUCAAUCAGACGAAUUUUCAGUUUUCAUAUCAGCACCACGCAAGAUGGAUCUCGGAGAAUCAGACUCACACAGUUCUUUCCCUUUUCGAUAACGGCAGUAAUAGCUUCCACGCCACUGGGGAGUACUCGCAUGGUUGGAUCGUGGAAUUGGAUCAUGUCAACAACAUUGCGACUAUGGUCAAAGAAUUUGGUGCUCCGGAAGCCGAAGGUGGUCUUCUUUCGACAUCACAAGGAAACUUGCAACUACUAACCAACGGCGGGGCGCAUAUUGGAUGGGGAGAACACGCCUAUUUCUCGGAGCAUUUGCCCGAUGGCGAAGCCACCAUGUACGCGCACGUGGCAGAACGGGCUUCGAAUGUGAUGAUAUAUCGAUCGAACAAGUACAAUUGGACAGCGCAGCCGGUGACGAAGCCGGCUUUGUGGACAUAUAGUAGAUUCGGACAGGAUCACAUGGGACUUUGGGUAUCCUGGAACGGAGCCACCGAGGUCAGGAGCUGGAAAUUCUACACUGGAAAUUCGGCCAAGGGACCUUGGGUUUUGUCCGGCAACGUAUGGAAAACAGGCUUCGAGACCGAACAUCAUAUUCAAGGAUUCGCGCCUUGGGCGUAUGCCGAAGCUAUCGAUGCUAAUGGGCGCGUAAUGGAAGCGAGUACGAUUACGAAAACUUGGGUCCCCAGCGAGACUUUGAGAGAAUUUUGCCAUGAUCGAGGAUGCGAUUACGCCGAACGAGUCGCGGUAGAGGAAGAAACGCCUUGGGAGGCAGAAGUCGCAACAGAUGAAGCACUUCUUUCAACGAACCGAGGAUACGAUACGUCGAAAUACUACUAUGAACUUCCCAGCGGAAAGGCAAUCGAUCACGGCAAAUCUAGUUCGGACUACGGCGCAAGCGGCGCACACACCACAAUAGCAGUGAUGAUGGGCGCUCUCCUCGGUUGCUUGAUUACUGUGUCAGGUUGGUAUAUGCAUCAAAAAGGCGCUAUGGAUCGUGUGAAAGAUGCCUUGGCUGAAACGCCGAUUGGAUCGAAAUUACAUUUGGGAAAGUACAUGAGAGUCCGGCAAAAGGAUGUCGAUGCAUACGGGAUAACAUCUGAACUGAGGACUGGUAGUCGAAGGUCUUUGUCUUCGUCUGGUUGGUCAUAACGCGAGCUCGCGUGCAAUGAGGUAUUUUGAGUAGUCUGGCGUUUCAAGCUUUGGAUAGAAUCGAUGGGAUCAGUGUAGAUAUAUGCAUAUGGGCAACCGUGUUCUGCGUAGCAGAAGUCGAGUAAUGAACAAACAGCAGCUCCUGGCUUGGAGAUACCGGAACAAAUUGUUCUCAAGUGAGAUUUCGUAGAGGUAA